AUGGAGCGUUCUAAUUUGUGGUCAGAUCUUAUAUCAUCUGACAUACUCGCACUAAUAUCAUCACGUCUUGUGGCUGCUGAUUACUUCAUUUUUCGUGCAGUUUGUAAUAAAUGGCGCUACGCACCCAUGAUACCUCCACCUCGUCCUUUUCUACAAGAAAAAUCACCUUGUUUGAUGAGCUUGCGUGGAAAUACCGGAAUUGUAGAAUUCUAUGAUCCAGUAUAUAAUCUUAUCACGACUACGGGCAUACCGAUCCCAAAGUUAAGAGGUUCCCGAAUUCGAAGUUCAAAAGAUAAUUGGUUACUCAUGAGUCAUGGAAACCAUGGCAUGUUUUUUUUCAAUUCUAUUAGCAAUGACAUAAUUGAUCUCCCUGCUCUAGAGGAGCACGAAAAUUAUUUUUCUUCAUGGACAUUUUCGUGUCCUCCGGACUCGUCGUCAUCUGUUUGCAUUGUGGUUGGUAUCGAAUUCGAUGGUUGUCCCCCAGACGCAUACAUAAUCAAAGUUGGAGACACUUCUUGGACGUUUUCUUACUUAUAUGAUCCAGAUAGAUAUAAGUGCUUUAAGUUAACCGGAUGCAAUAAUCCAAUAUUUUUCAAAAACAAUAUUGUCUAUAUGGGAGAUGAAGGGAAUUUGGGAGUAAUGACCAUCAAUGAAUCCUCAAUACCUAGUUGGGAACUUUAUGGGAGCUACUUUCGACGUCGAAAACAGAACUCAAUCCAGCAUGUUUACACGGUAGAAGACGUCGACAAUGAAGGAAUGUUAGUUGUAUUUUUAUGUCACCAUGAAGGAGAAGUAGAGGUUUGGAGGUAUAAACUGAAUGGAAAAGUAUUGGAGAGGGAACAAAUUACAAGUUUAGACAAUAAAACAUUAUUUGUGAGCUCCGGAGGAUCCUACUUGAAAACAUGUGUCGCACCGGGACUAGGAAACAAGAUAUUUUUCCCAAUGUUUCACAACAACAAUAAUAGGGGUGUUUUCUAUUGUUUGGCCAACCGCAAAUAUUUCUCUUUCGAUUACUUGGACAUCAAAAUUUAUUCAAGUCCAAAUAUUUUCAACUUGAUUCGACCUAGAUCAUGCAUUUGGACCGAAGCAGUGAAUGAUUAA